UUAAAAUACAACAACCAAUAACCCCUACUUAAUGUAUUUGGUUUGCCAGACAGUUGAAGCUAGAAUAAAUACAAAGGUUCUUAUUCAGUGGAAGAAUAAUUAAUUAAGAAUCAAUAUGUCUUCCGAGAAAUUCGUUGUAAUCUAGAUUUACAGUAAAUACUAAAUAAGUUGAAAAUACAUUUUAGUGGUUUAUAAAAAUAUUUUAAAAACUAUUUUUUUAUUAAUCAAAUAAUAAAUUGAUUACAAACUUAAUCCUAAAUGACUAUAUAUAACAAAAUCAUAAAAACAUAAAUCAUAGAUAAGUACUUAAUAAAUAUUAGGAUAAUAAAAAUAAUUAUCUUCUUAACGAAUAAUGAAUAAUAAAAAUCAAUAAUAAAUUUUGUUUUUGAAACAACAAAAAAUCAAUAAUAAAUAAUAAAGUAAAUAAUCAAGAUAUUUUCCAAAUAUUCAAUUCGGAAAAACGAUUCUCUUGUACAUGAAUAAGGAAAAUCAACCAAAGUAAAAGGGAAAAGAAGAAAAAGGAAAUAGCUUUGUCUCUAUAAAUAGAGCACUAGCAUCUGAGAGCAAACUAAAAAAAAUUCCAAAAACACUAUGGAGCUAUCAUACAUGGGUCCCGAAGGUAUUCAUCGAAAGACACAUUCGUCGAUUGUAGAAAUUGGGGUAGCUCGGAUUAAAACGACGGUUACUGAUAAAAACAGCGACAUAGACUGUCUUGUGAAGACGUUCUUGUCCAAUGACAAGAACAUGAAGAAAAUUAUUGGUCUUGACACAGAGCGAUCGCAUCAGUCGUCAGGAGAUAAGAAAGCAACCGCCUUGAUCCAGCUCUGCGAUGGAGACAACUGCUUAAUUGUUCAACUUCCCUGCGGUGUGCGAGUUUCCUCUCUUUUCAAUUUUCUAAACCUACCUGACUUCACCUUUGUGGGCAUUGGCAUACAAAACACUCUUCGGAAGCUGGAGAGCGAGUUUGGUCUGACGUGCAAGAAUGCUGUUGAGGUCGGACCCGGCACGUGGAACCAGCACUUGGCCGUUCAGAAAAGGUUGAUCCGUGAUAUUGUUUCGACUCAGAAACCAUCAAGCCCCAUCUUUGACGACUGGGGCAACUAUCUUCUCAACAAGGAUCAGAUUCAGCUCGCAGCAUGGAAUGCUCACUUCGCUUUUAGAAUUGGUAACCUUUUGUUGGAUGCUUUAGACUAUUAUCCCUAAUUAUUAAAUAAGGUUUUCACUAGAGUAGGAUCCGCUGUGCGCGAGAUUAUUACCAUUAUUUAUUUUUAAUAUAUCUUCAUGUUUUAUAUAAUUUUCAGACAUUUAUUCUACCCAUAAUUUUGUUUUCAAUAUUAAAUUUGAGCAAAUUAGAAUAUGUUAUCAAAUUAGGACUAGUCAAACUUAUCAUCUUCCACCAACAUGCAAAGAACUCAAAAGUGGUUAAUAACACACACACACUUAGAAUAUAUGGAUUUGCUUAAAUAUUACCAUGGUGCAGUCGCGGUUACCAGAAACUCCUGCACUAUUCUGAACCUUUUUGUCGAGAACCAUUGCUUGAAACCGUAUCCGAGCUAUCUCCUUGUCCUCUGUCACUUUCUCUUCCUUUUUAUUUUCUUUCUCAGCAACUUGCAACUCUUCCAAAGCCCAUGUCUGGCUUUCUUUAAUGGACAAUAGCUUUUCUAGGGCAAUUGUCAAUAAUAGCACCUUUUGAGUUUUUGUCUCAAAAAUGGCACUAAAAGGAAAAAAUC